GUCCAUAUUUAAAGAGAGUGGUCCAGCAAGCAGGCAAUUUAUCUUGUUGAAAGACCUGAACCCUAAACACUUCAAAUUAAGCGUUCCAAUCCUCACUCACCAUUUCACGGAAAAGCAUAGUUCGUCGCAACAAAAAGAUUCGGCUAAGGUUUCUCAUUUAAGGUAGCUCAAGUAUGGCAACUCCUGAGGCAGCUGCGGCUUCCUUAGGGCCUCGUUAACCACCCGAUGAUCCAACUUCAGUGCACGCAACCUUGGAAGGGCUUAAUUGAUAAUAGUACUGGGUUAUUGUACUACUGGAAUGCAGAAACUAAUGUUACUCAGUACGAGAAGCCAGCAGCUUUACCUCCUCCACUGCCGUCUGGUCCACCUCCAGAAGCUUCUGCACCUAAGUUGGCUCCUAUACCAGGAGCUAGCCCAGUGCAACGAAACGAUGGUCAAGUCCAACAGAGCCAGCAGGCCUAUACUCAACAAGUCCAACAGAGCCAGCAGGCCUAUACUCAACAAGGCCAACAAAGCCAGCAGGCCUAUACUCAACAAGGCCAACAGAGCCAGCAGGCCUAUACUCAGCAAGGCCAACCAAUGACACAGAUGUCGCAACAUCCACAAGGAACACAACAGGUACCACAUGGAUCACAGGGUGUUUCAACAGGGCAGCAACAAGGAUCACCAGUGGGUCCUGCCAUGCAACAGGUAUCCUUUAUGCCGCAGCAUCGGUCUCAAAUGAUCCAGCAACCUGGUCAUCAGAUGCCAUCUCAAAUGGGACAAACUCCGAAUCAGCCAGGACCACAUGUUUCUCAACCAGCAAUGCAACAAAUAAUGCCACAGCAGCUUGGCCCCCAAGCACAAGCAUUCCCAAGUGUACAAAUGGGACAACCGCAUGGUUAUCAAUUUUCUCAUCACCAGACACAGCAUAUUCCGUAUCCACAGAAUUUGCCUCCACAGGGACAGCAAAUUCCCCAGCAGCAAAAUCAGCACCUUUCACAGAAUCAACAGUUUUCCCAUCAACAAGAACAUAAAGUGGGAUUUCAGCCAAGGGAAGAUGCCGAUUUCCCCCAAGGGAAACAAGUUGGGUUUUCGCCUCAACAAGUUCAGCAAACUGGGGUAUCCUCCGCUCAGAAUCUGCCUGUGGGGACUGGUUCUGUUAUCAGACCUCAGAUGUCUUCUCAGCCUUUGCAAUUUGAUGGUUCUUCAGUAAAUGUUCAACAACCAUCAUCUUUGGGUCAAUGGCAGCAAAACGCAAAUGAUUCAGGUCACAAGCUGCCUGGUCCACGCUUUCCUGGUCAGAUGAGCUCAAGUAUGGCACAUGGUCAUGAGCCGGAUAUGCCCCCAGUUGGAUCAAAGGGUUAUGAGGAAAACUCACUUGGAAGAGGAGGAAAUGACUAUUAUUACAACAGUAAUAUGGAUGGUCGGACUAGGCCUCCGCCUCAGCAACCCAAGCUUGCAGCUAUACCUGUAGCAAGAAAUCAACAUGAAAUGAGAAUGGGUGAUCCUCCGCUUCAAAAUCCAGUACCAGCUCGUCCGAGUGGGUUCAAUAGCAUGGGUGGUCCUCCAAUGCAAAAUAUGUAUGGUCAAGCAGCUGCUGGCGCUCCAUUUCCAAAUCCUAACCUCACGAGGCCACCUGCAACACUCACCGGACCUCCAGGAGCCAUUCAUUCGUCGUCCGUUGAGGUUUACCUUCAGAAGCAUGAAGUGACCGCGACAGGUGGUGAUGUACCUGCUCCAUUCAUGGCAUUUGAAGAUACUGGCUUCCCUCCAGAAAUACUGAGAGAGAUUCAUAUGGCGGGAUUCACUUCACCCACUCCGAUUCAGGCACAAACAUGGCCCAUAGCGUUGCAAAAUAGGGAUAUAGUGGCCAUUGCCAAGACAGGUUCUGGCAAAACAUUGGGCUAUCUAAUUCCUGCAUUUGUCCACCUUAAACGACGGCGCAAUAAUCCUCAAAAUGGCCCGACAGUGGUGGUUUUAUCGCCAACACGAGAGCUUGCGACACAAAUACAAGAUGAAGCACUGAAGUUUGGUCGAUCUGCAAGGGUUUCUUGCACGUGCUUGUAUGGAGGUGCACCUAAAGUUCACCAGUUGAAAGAACUAGAGCGCGGAACAGAUAUUGUUGUUGCAACUCCUGGCCGGCUUAAUGACAUCCUUGAAAUGAAAAGAAUCGACUUUAGGCAAGUUUCUCUUCUCGUGCUAGAUGAGGCUGAUCGAAUGCUUGACAUGGGUUUUGAACCCCAGAUCCGCAAGAUUGUAAAUGAAAUACCCCCACAAAGACAAACACUUAUGUACACAGCAACCUGGCCAAAAGAAGUGCGAAAAAUAGCUGGUGAUCUUCUUCAAAAUCCUGUCCAGGUUAAUAUUGGGAACGUUGAUCAGCUUGCAGCAAACAAGUCCAUCACACAGUACAUUGAAGUAGUCCCGCAAAUGGAGAAGCAGAGACGGUUGGAGCAGAUUCUUAGAUCCCAAGAAAGGGGUUCUAAAGCUAUUAUAUUCUGUUCCACAAAAAAGUUGUGCGACCAACUUGCACGCAGUAUUGGCAGAAGCUUUGGAGCUGCAGCUAUUCAUGGAGACAAGUCCCAGGGUGAGAGGGACUGGGUUCUCAAUCAAUUUCGCUCUGGUAAGACCCCAAUAUUAGUAGCAACUGAUGUUGCUGCUAGAGGACUGGACAUACCUGAUAUAAGAGUGGUGAUCAACUAUGAUUUUCCCACUGGGAUUGAGGAUUAUGUUCACCGAAUUGGAAGAACUGGCAGGGCUGGUGCAACUGGUGUUGCAUACACCUUUUUAUCUGAUCAGGACUGGAAAUAUACUCCUGAUCUUAUUAAACUUUUGGAAGGCGCAAAUCAGCAAGUGCCUCCGGAUGUGAGAGAGAUGGCUUUACGUGCUGGUGGCAGGGAUAGAGGUGGCAUGAACCGUUUUGAUCCUGUCGAGGGUGAUGGGGGCCGCACACGUUGGGGGGGGGGGGGGGGGGGGGGGGGGGGGGGGGAUUCUGGUGGACGUGGUGGGGUGAGGGAUGGCGGGUUUGGUGGACGUGGUGGGAUGAGGGAUGGCGGGUUUGGUGGCCGUGGUGGGGCGAGGGACGGCGGGUUUGGUGGCCGUGGUGGGAUGAGGGAUGGCGGGUUUGGCGGUCCUGGUGGGAUGAGGGAUGGCGGGUUUGGCGGUCUUGGUGGGAUGAGGGAUGGCGGGUUUGGUGGCCGUGGUGGGAGAGAUGGUCACUUUGGUGGCCGUGGUGGGAGAGAUGGUCACUUUGGCGUCCGUGGUGGGAUGAGGGACAGCCAUUUUGGUGGCCGUGGCGGCAGGGGUGGUUGGGACAGGAAUGAUCGUUAUGACAAUUCAGAUGUGCGAGCACGUGGCAGAGGUCGUGGGGGUGGACGUUUUGACAAUAGAAGAGACAUGCCAAGUCGGAGUCGAGGAAGAAGUUACAGCCCUAGUCCAGAGAGGGUUCGAACAUGGGGUAGUAGAAGCAGGAGUCGCAGCAGAAGCAGGAGCUAUAGCAGGAGUUAUAGCCGAAGCCGGAGCCGUAGCUAUAGCCCAAGGCGUAGUCGCAGCUACAGCCGGAGCCGCAGCCGCAGCCGUGAUAGAUAUCAAAGGAGGCCUCGCCAAAGCAAAUUCGAUCAGAUGGAGCCAGAUCCAGGGAUGUCAAGCGUUCAGGUUGCUCCUCCAUCCGUGAUGCCUGUAGGUGCACCAAUUGAUGGAUUUUCUGGAGCUGCAUCAGUGGAAUCGAAACCAAAUAUGGAGGUAGCUCCAGUAUCUGGUAUGUCACCUAUGUCUCCAGGAACACGAGGAAAGGGUUUCCCAGGAGCUGAGCCCAUAGAGCAGAACCCUUGAAUUGGAAUCGCCAAUCUGAUUCUAUCAAUGCAUUUCUACAACCUUAGGGGAAGUGCUGCGGGGUAAACUGAAUGAUGCUUCUAUAUAUAUAUCUAUUCUUGGGAGAGGGCGGUAGAUACUGUGUUGAGGGACCUAACUACGCCUGGUAUGUCCAGUAUUUUCCAGGGCGGUUUCCGUGGAGGAAUGUUGAUCGUGGACAGAGACGUUCAUGCUUGUAUCUCA